AUGUGGUCCACUUAUCCCCCCUUUAUUCACGGUAACGAUGAGUGGGAGCAGCCCCCGGACUAUAAGGCGCUUUUCCUCAAAGCAGAGGAAGAAAGGAAGCAGGAGGCCGUGCUGAGACGACAGGCAGAAGAAUGGAGACGACAGGCAGAAGAACAGACACAACAGACAGAAGAAUGGAGACGACAGGCAGAAGAACGGAGACGACAGGCAGAAGAAAGGAAACAACAGGCAGAAGGACGCCAAACGGAGGCAGAGGAACGGGAGAGGCAACAGAGGGAGCGCAACCGACUCACCACCUUUCCAGAGUUCAUCCAACAUUGCCACAAUCUCCUUUGGACGCCGCUCCGAGCCCAAACACCGUCUCGCUCCACGACAGGCAAAAUUCAAGCUCCUAUCGGAAAAUGCUGUCCCCUACGACUGCUUCCGUGGACUGACUGUGAGGCUAAACAGCGGGAAAUUUACGAAUCUGUGUACCGUUACCUGCAACCGACAGAAGAGGAUGCACGGGAGUUCUUCCCGUCACUUGUUGCGUUGGAAGACCAUGGUCGACGAUUCGAACGUCGACCAAUUAGCAGCGAACAAGAUCUCGAGACCUACGAGCGAUUCGCCGUCGAAGACCAUGUGCACGAUAUCGUCGCUGAGUUGUGCCAAAUACCAGAAGCUCAGGAGGAGUUCCAGUUAGGCAAUGGAGUGUGGUUCGAUAAUCACGCCAAUGCUCUAGACGAAGAUGAUGAAGCCGAACCUAGCCUGCCAUCAACCACCAAGGCUUCGAAGCCGGAUCAAUUUUGCAUCCAUCGAAUAGACGGUGAUAGGAGUACCUUGCUCACCACGGUCGAAUACAAACCCCCCCACAAGCUCUCCGUGGCGAGCUUGCGGGAGGGACUCCGACCAAUGGAUUUUUGGCAAGAAAUCGUCGAACCUAAUAGUGUUCCAGUGGAUGAGCCGGAAAAAUCAAAAUAUAAUGCCGCGAGGCUGGUCGGAGCCGCCAUUGUCCAAGAAUUUCACGUCAUGAUUCAAGAUGGUCUGGAAUAUUCAUAUUUGACGAACGGUCUGAUGGACGUGCAGCUCUGGGUGCCCUACGAUGACCCUACUACCCUUCAUUACCACCUGGGUGACCCCGGUUUGUACGGAAAUGCAGCCGUUGGCGGACCUGGGAGGGCUCCGAUGACUCGAAUUGAGAGGACGCUCUGCCUCUGUCUAAUGAGUUUUCGCUCCUUUCUUCGUGAUCAGGCGUGGCGGAAUGCCGCCAAAAACCGCCUACCGAAAUGGCCUACGAAUUUAGAUAGCGAUCGUUCCCAGACCUUAGUGGUAAAUUUACCUCGGAACCCGAACGUGGACGAUACUAGCUCUGAAUUCGCCAGUCCUGAGCAGACAACCUCUGAUUACCUCACAUCAUCGUCUCCCCUCACCGCCGGCCCUCGAGUGACCACACGAGCGGCCGCUAGGUGCGCGCCGCCGUCCGAUCCGUCUCACCACGAGAGUUCUUCGGAUUCCGAGCCCGACCCUACCGCAUCUGCAGGACGGAAGCGGGGAUUCAGCCAGGUCACAUCGUCCCCGCCAACCCAACGGUCUGCACCGCAAGAAGAUCGCCAAGGGAACCAAAGCGGGCAAUCUCGCUCCCAUGAUGCUCCAUAUUGCACACAAAAGUGCCUUCUCGGACUACAGCAAGGCGGCACACUUGACCCUAAGUGCCCCAACACGGAGCUGCAUAUACGUGAUGGAAAGGCGGACCGCCAUCCGAUCGGUGCAGCUGACUUGGUGAAAAAGCUCAAGGUGCAGCUUGAUCAGGAUCUGGAUCAUAACUGCUCCCCUAUCGGCCCUUGCGGGUCCUCCGGCGCACCAUUCAAGAUUACGUGUGCCACCUUCGGAUAUACUAUUGUCGGGAAGGGGACGACGUCGAGACUCUGGGGGGAGGUCUCGCGCGAAGCCGACGUCUACCGAGUCCUCCGGCGUGCCCAAGGAUCGGCUAUUCCCGUCUUUCUCGGGGCGAUCAAUUUGGCCCAAACUUACUUCCUCCACGGUGCGGGAAGGAUCCGUCAUAUGCUUUUAAUGGGCUGGGGUGGUGAAAGCCUAGGCCAUAGUACUCAAGGUAAGGUUAUGCGACGAGCGAUUUAUCGGUCGGUGAAGGAGAUCCGCUCUUUCGGCGUUGUUCAUGAGGAUCUUCGUCCGGACAACAUCCUGUGGAAUGCUGAACUCGAGCGGGCCCUGAUCAUCGACUUCCACCUAUGCACUUUGGAUCGUCGACCGUCGCACAAGCGGCCAGGUGAUCGCAAACGAUCACGGUGUGGUCCUGAAGAACGUCACUCAAAGCGGGUGCGUGCGGUAUAA